AUGUCACAUGCCUAUGCCUUAAAUACCGUACUUGAUGUUUACGAUGCAGUUUAUCAAACAAUAGAAGAAGUAAGAAAUAGAGACGGAGGAUCGGAUUUCAAUCUUGGUGCUGAUUGUAAUGGACUGCUUAGCUACUUGACUUCUUAUAGGUUUUUAAUGACAGCUCUUAGUUUUAAAAAAAUAUUUGAAAUACUUGAACCAUUAACCCGUACAUUACAAGCUCGUGACAUAGAUAUUUUAGCAGCGAUGUUUUUAGUUAAUAGUGCUAAGGAGUCCAUAGUGGCACUGAGAACUGAAGAAACAUUUGAAAAUAUUUUGAUAUUAGCUAAAGAAUUUGAUGAUAAGUAUGAGAAUGAGGAAUUUGAGACAUUGCGGACAACAAGAAAACGUAAAGUUAGAAAAAUGGCUGGGGAAUUAUGUAGUGAUGAAGUUGAACAAAAUCCUAUUCAAAAGUUUAAAGUAGAUACUUAUUUUGUAGCAUUAGAUAUUAUUAAAACACAAAUUAGUCAAAGAUUUACUAAUAAAACUAUUGAAGUAAUGAAAGAUUUUGCUUUAUUAUCAACCAAACGUAUAAAAGCAUUAAAAAAAACCCCUAAAAGCAUUCCUAUAGAUGCAUUUAAGGCUGUUUGUUUGGUAUAUAAUACAUUAUUAAAGUUAGAAGAUGUCCGUAGGGAGUAUGAACAGUUUAUAAAUUGUGAUUUAAUUGUUAAUGAAACUUUUCCAUUAUAUGUGUAUCCUAAUUUAAAUGAUGACAAUUCAAGUUUGAGCUCUAACGAUUCAAACAGUGACGAUACUACAUCUGAACAAUUAAAAAAGUGGCAAAAUUCAUCAAGUUUAAUGUGUGUUUUUCAAGAUUUCUGUAAAGCUGGUCUAAAAUCUAUUUUCCCAAGUUUAUUUAUGCUUAUAAAAAUUGGAGUGACUAUUCCAGUAUCAAGCUGUUCCCCAGAGAGAUCUUUUUCCAAAUUAAAAUUAAUAAAAACUCGUCUAAGAAGCACAAUGGGAGAAGAUAGAUUGGAAGAUCUGAUGCGUAUCACCUGUGAAGCUGAUAUACAGUUAGAUUCAGAAACAAUAAUAGACAACUUUGCGACAAAAUCUACAGUUUUAAAUAAAAAAUUAAAAUACUAA